AUGCCCACUAUAGUCAAUGAUUACAGCUCUCCUUUUAAACUGAAGUGUGAGAGGUGUGUCAUUUAUUUGAGCUCUGAGGUGCGGGCGAGACACGUUAUUCAGUUGAGCAGCAGUGUGCAACUCCUUAGCUCCUUAGAUGUAGAUGCUAAUACCACCACAUAGACCGCCAUAGAUACUGCUACCAUAGACUAGCUAGCCAUAUGCUACAAUAGACUAGAUAGCCAUAUGCUACCAUAGACUAGCUAGCCAUAUGCUACCAUAGAGAAUACUACAUAGUUAGAUAAUAACCGACUAGUCAUGUCUCCUCUUCUGUUGUCCAGAUCUCAGAGAGUCUUCAGGAACUUGUCUCUGAUCCUACUGAGUGGCUCUGUCUCUCUGUUGCUGUGGGCCGCUCUCAGAACCUGCUCUGACAGGAAGCCUCUCCGCGCUCCAGACCUUUUCCCUCUGCACUACGCUGCUGACCUGCCGGCCUGCUCAGCCAUCAUCAGAGGAGACCUGGAGGGUCUGGAGAAGGAACAGCUCAGCAGACUGCUGAAGACCAAGAAGAAGAGCCAGCAGCUGUCGGAGACCUUCUACCACAACGUGACUCAGGACUGCCAGAGAUACGUCACAGACAGAGGGUUCAUUACUGUGCCUCUCAGCCAGGAGGAGGAGGAGUUCCCCAUCGCCUACUCCAUGGUCAUCCACGAGAAGAUUGAGAUGUUUGAGAGGCUCCUGCGUGCCGUGUACACGCCUCAGAACGUCUACUGCGUCCACGUCGACCAGAAGUCAUCCGAGGACUUCAGGAGUGCAGUGAGCGCUAUCGUGUCCUGCCUGCCCAAUGUGUUUGUGGCCAGUAAGAUAGAGAGCGUGGUCUACGCCUCCUGGUCCAGAGUGCAGGCUGAUCUGAACUGUAUGGAGGACCUGCUGAAGUCACCGGUCCAGUGGAGGUACCUGCUCAACACCUGUGGAACCGACUUCCCCAUUAAGACCAACGCUGAGAUGGUUCAGGCCCUCAAGCUGCUGAACGGGAAGAACAGCAUGGAGUCAGAGGUCACCAACAACAAUAAGAAGGGCAGAUGGCAGUUUCACCACAACGUCAUCAACACAGUAGUCAGGACAGCUGUUAAGAAGACCCCUCCACCAAUCAACACCCCCAUGUUCUCUGGCAACGCCUACUUCGUGGUCUCCAGGGCCUUCGUCCGUCACGUGACGGAGAGUCAGGAGGUCCGGGUUCUGCUGGAGUGGGAGAAGGACACCUAUAGUCCUGAUGAACACCUGUGGGCCACCCUGCAGCGCAUGCCCUCUGUCCCAGGCUCCUACCCCGCCAACAGUAAGUACCAGCAGUCUGAUAUGAACUCCAUGGCCAGGGUGGUGAGAUGGAGCUACCUGGCUGGGGAUGUGAGGAGCGGAGCCCCCUACCCCCACUGCUCCGGGACCUACAGGAGGGCUGUGUGUGUCUAUGGGGCUGGGGACCUGCAGUGGCUGCUAAACCAACACCACCUCAUCGCUAACAAGUUUGACCCCGAGGUGGAUGACGUGGCGAUCAGAUGUCUGGAGUCGUACCUUCGCUUCAAAGCAACAUACCGUGUAUCAUUAAAGACAGUGGAAUCUGUGAGUUUCGUACAAAAACUAUUAAAUGCUAAAAGGUUGUAAAUAUGGUAAUGAACAUUUAUUUAAAAUAUAUUAUAUAUUUCUGAUUUGUACAGUAUAUUUCUGUUAGUACUGUAUAUUUAUGACUGUACUGUAUAUUUAUGAUUGCCAUGCUUAUUUAAAAUAUGUUUUGGAUUACAUUGACAUUUUAGUCAUUUAGCACACGCUCUUAUCCAGAGCAAAUUACUAUUAGUGAUUGUUGUAUAUUUCUGAUGGUACAGUAAGGAGGGUUGGAUAUACAGUAAUGUAUGUUUAUUUAUGUUUGUUUAACUGUUGGGGUUGCACUGUAGAUUUCUGAUUGCCAUGUACUGUAUAUUCUAGAUGUAUUUCCUCCUGUACUAAUUAUUUAUUACGCUAGCAGCACCACCUAGUGGAAUGACCAUGUCUAACUGGACACAGCAGUUCUGUAACCUAAUUAUUACAGUUCUACAUGUGUAUUCAACAAUGCCGGGGUAUAAGGUUGUAUAUCAUGAUAACUUAUUAAUUGCAGAAUCAGCUCAUCUUUUCUCGCUCUAAUUAAUGAACCAUAUCUUGACUUACACCAAGGUAUUAAGGCUGCUUGGUACUUUGACUACUCAUUAAGAGUUGUUUUUCUGUUGGAACCAAUCAAUCAUUUUUGCACUGCUUACUGUAUGUUGACUGUAUACCCAAGACAUGAUUGUAUCUAAAUUGAUUCCAACAUGAAGCCCAGUCUUGUCAUGUCAUUUAUUGUUACUGUGGUAUAUAAUUUAUUAAGAAUAAAUAUGCCAGCUACUGUCAUAACUAUAUGUCAUACACUUUGGCAACAACGUGUUCUUCUGAACUCCCUAAUAAAUACAGUUAGACUGACGUCACAUUCUAGCCUCAACCUCUGUCUCUUUAAAUUGUUCUGUUUUCACUUGAAAUGUAUAGACACAAUAUCCUCCUUCCAGGCAGACAGACAGGCACAGAGAACACAUAACAUUUACAUUUACAUCAUUUAGCAGACGCUCUUAUCCAGAGCGACUUACAAAUUGGUGCAUUCAACUUAUGAUAGCCAGUGGGACAACCACCUUUUUUUUUAAUGGGGGGGGGGGGGGGGGGGGGGUUAAAGGAUUACUUUAUACUAUUCCAGGUAUUCCUUAAAGAGGUAGGGUUUCAAGUGUCUCCGGAAGGUGGUCAGUGACUCCGCUGUCCUGGCGUUGUGGGGGAGCUUGUUCCACCAUUGGGGUGCCAGAGCAGCAAAUAGCUUUGACUGGGCUGAGCGGGAACUGUGCUUCUGUAGAGGUAGGGGAGCCAGCAGGCCAGAGGUGGAUGAACGCAGUGCCCUCGUUUGGGUGUAGGGUCUGUUCAGAGCCUGAAGGUAAGGAGGUGCCGUUCCCCUCACAGCUCCGUAGGCAAGCACCAUGGUCUUGUAGUAGAUGCGAGCCUCAACUGGAAGCCAGUGGAGUGUGCGGAGGAGGGGGGUGACAUGAGAGAACUUGGGAAGGUCGAACACCAGACGGGCUGCAGCGUUCUGGAUAAGUUGUAGGGGUUUAAUGGCACAGGCAGGGAGCCCAGCCAACAGCGAGUUGCAGUAAUCCAGACGGGAGAUGACAAGUGCCUGGAUUAGGACCUGUGCCGCUUUCUGUGUACAUUCAGGGGAGAGGGGACCAUGGGAGGGGACAGUUCAGACAGUAACUUUUUUCAUGUUGGAUUCUUACAAAGACAUCAGCAGUAAACCAUUUCCAGGUGCUGUGAGACCUGCAGUAAAGCGUUUCCAGGUGCUGUGAAACCUGCUCUAUGUAACUCUGUGGAGGUCAUGUGACCAAAAAUGAGGAUCAAAUCAAAGAGACCAUAAAAAUAUAUGAAUCUCUGUCCAUUCUCACAUGUUGAAUAUAAAAAAUAUAAAUGUAAUGAAGAACAUGCAUCAAGCCUUAACAGAGUGCCUUAAAUACAUAGAAGAUACAUCAAUAACUUUGACAACGUCAACAUCUCUACGUUUGGCUUGAUACAUAAAAGGUUAUACAAAUGCAACAGAGCAUGGUGGAGAGAUUGGCCAGAGAUUAGAGACCAGGAGGCUACUGGCCAAUCCACCCCUACCCGGGGUAGAACAAAACAACUAUAUUACCCCUACCCGGGGUAGAACAAAACAACUAUAUUACCCCGUACCCGGGGUUAGAAGAAAACAACUAUAUUACCCCUUACCCGGGUAGCAACAAAACAACUAUAUUACCCCUACCCGUGGUUAGAAACAAAACAACCUAUAUUACCCCUACCCGGGGUAGAACAAACAACUAUAUUACCCCUACCCGGGUAGAACAAACAACUAUAUUACCCCUACCCGGGGUAGAACAAAACAACUAUAUUACCCCUACCCGGGGUAGAACAAAACAACUAUAUUACCCCUACCCGGGGUAGAACAAAACAACUAUAUUACCCCUACCCGGGGUAGAACAAAACAACUAUAUUACCCCUACCCGGGGUAGAACAAAACAACUAUAUUACCCCUACCCGGGGUAGAACAAAACAACUAUAUUACCCCUACCCGGGUAGAACAAAACAAUAUAUUACCCCUACCCGGGGUAGAACAAAACAACUAUAUUACCCCUACCCGGGGUAGACAAAACAACUAUAUUACCCCUACCCGGGGUAAGAACAAAACAACUAUAUUACCCCUACCCCGGGGUAGAACAAAACAACUAUAUUACCCCUACCCGGGGUAGAACAAAACAACUAUAUUACCCCCUACCCGGGGUAGAACAAACAACUAUUUACCCCUACCCGGGGUAGAACAAAACAACUAUAUUACCCCUACCCGGGGUAGAACAAAACAACUAUAUUACCCCUACCCGGGGUAGAACAAAACAACUAUAUUUUUUCAUAUUGUUACAUUUUAGUCAUUUAGCAGAUGCUCUCAUCCAGAGGGACUUACAGUUAGUACAUUUGUCUUAAAAUAGCUAGGUGGGACAGGCACAUAUCACAAUAAGUACAUUUUAUUCAAAAAGUUGCUAUCAGCAAGGUGAUUGGGAAAAAAGCCAAGUGUGAGUGUUAGUAAAGUAUACUUUCGUGAACUAACAGAUGUUUUCAGAACAUGGCCAGGGACUCUGCUGUCCUUAACUUCAGGGGGAAGCUGGUUCCACCAUUGGGGUGCCAGGACAGAGAAGGGCUUGGACUGGGCUGAGGGGGAGCUGCCCUGCCGUAGGGGUGGGACGGCCAAGAGACCAGAGGUGGCAGACUGAGGGGGAGCUGCCCUGCCGUAGGGGUGGGACGGCCAGGAGACCAAAGGUGGCAGACUGAGGGGGAGCUGCCCUGCCGUAGGGGUGGGACGGCCAAGAGACCAGAGGUGGCAGACUGAGGGGGAGCUGCCCUGCCGUAGGGGUGGGACGGCCAAGAGACCAGAGGUGGCAGACUGAGGGGGAGCUGCCCUGCCGUAGGGGUGGGACGGCCAAGAGACCAGAGGUGGCAGACUGA